AUGGGUGAGGGUGUGAAAAUGGAUGUACAUGUUCUUAUGGGCAAAUCUUUGAUAACUCUAUUUGGAACAAAAUUGUGGAUGCAUGAUUUGAUACAACAAAUGGGUCCGGAAGUUGUUCGUCAAAAAUACCCUGAAAAGCCUGAAAAACAUAGCAGGUUGUGGAUUCCCAAUGAAAUCAUCCGUGUACUUGAUCGGAGUAAGGCGACGAGUGUAGUUCAAAGCAUAUUCCUCCAAUGUCCAACAAAAGACGAUGUUGUUCACUCAAUUGAUAUUGCCUUCUCGAAGAUGGACAGAUUGAGAUUGCUCAAGAUUUGGAAUGUGAAGUUUUCCGGAAACAUCACAUAUCUUUCUAAUGAAUUGCAAUAUCUGGAAUGGCAUUAUUGUCCUUUGAAUUCUUUCCCGUCAGACUUUCAACCGGAUAAACUUGUUGAAGUUCGCAUGUUAUUUAGCCGCAUCAAACAACUAUGGAAGGGAAAAAAGGUAAGAUCACAAUUAAUUGAAUGCAUGUUCAUAAAGCUGAUAGUUUAG